AUGUACACCGAGCACCCUCAACUGUGGCUCUCGGAGCUCGCGCCGGACGGCCUAUCUCUGGUUGGCGACAUGCAUCCGCUGCAAGGCCCCAAGCACGGCUACCAAUGCGGCCUUCUCGAAGCGCCCUACCUCUUCCACCACGCGCCCACCAACGCCUACAUCCUCUUUUUCUCCUCGGGCACGUUCACCAACGGCUCCUACGCCACCUCCUACGCCGUCUCCCACAACGGCCUCUUUGGACCCUAUACCUGCCCUGGACACCCUCUACUGCAAACCGACAGGCAUCGCAGCAUCAUGGGUCCCGGUGGUGCAUGCGUGGUGCGAGGCGUGGAGAACGAACACUUUAUCGUCUUCCAUGCACUCGAAAAGGAGGAAGGAAAUCGAAGAAUGUGCAUCCAACGCAUCGAGUUCAACCAAGACGGCACCCCCGUUCUCUCAUCCCGUCCCAACUGCGGAAAGAGACUCCGAUUGGGUGCGGAACAAGACGACGACGUCCAACACUUUGGAAACCACCAUCCACCUCCUCCGCACGAGGAAGGCUCCAGCCACACCGGCUCCGGCAAGAUGUCCAAACUCCUCCGCAAGAUCCAAGACAAGCUCGACUAG